AUGGUUCAGAAGGUUUCCAACAUACGCGUAGAAGAGGCUACAAAAUCUGAAGUCUUGUUGGGAUCCAACAUUGUUGACAUCCAAUGCAGCAAGAGAGGAAAAAUUCCGAUGGAAUUAUCAGAGGAGUUGAAUUGUUACAGAACGGUCUCAAGUUCAUUGGCGAUGGUCUUUUUCAGUGGCAACAGAAUCAUAAUGUUGAUUCCACUGAACUUCAAGAGAAGUUCUUAG